AUGGAGUACUCCAGCACCUCAACACUUCCACGAAAGAACGUCAAGAAUGGGGUAAAGAAGACAGGGAAGAAGACAGGGAAAAAGUCAGGGAAAAAGACCACUAGCAAGAGAAAGAUUACUUCAUCUGCCAGUACGGUUCACCUUCCCACUCAUCCUCCACCCGCGAGCUAUCGAUAUGAACCGACAUAUACGUCUGUUCCGCAGACGCAAGCGAUCUUCUUCGAGAAACCAGUUUUAUCCUAUCUGGUGGCCAUAACAUUGGGUCUCUAUGCCAUGACCGGCUGCAUCUCACAUGCAGCAAACGCCAAUGAUAUUUACCUCGCUGAACUCUCGACAAAUGAGACAUACGAUAUGUCGCUUCGAAUCGGCUACUUUGGGGGCUGCGUUUCGGUCACCGAACUAACCGAAGCAUCCUCCAGCGAUGGGAAUUCCUCCAUGCAAACGCCCACCCACUGUGUCGCGAACAUGCGCGGCAAAAAUCUGGACGACCUAAGCGAAGACCUUUGGGAACCUCUACACCUCAACUCUUCUACCAUUUCAUCCAGUCUUCAAUCCUUUUUGAACGUCACCCUCCCACAAGCCAAGCAUCUCCAGGAGAAUGUCUUCUAUUGUGAACCUCCCCUCCUACAUGUCCUCUUGUUCUUCGUCACAGGUAUUAUGCUCUUCGUCGCUCGGACGGGCACAUCCAAAAAGAGAUCGUACAAGGUAAUGCUAGUGAUAGCGAUCACCUUGAGUGCCUUCUCGCUUGCCCUCGCACUAGUGACCGUCCUCGGCUCUCUACAGAGUAUGAAUGCUUUGCUUAACACUUCUGCGUCUGGGGAGGAGAGCGAUCUUGGUGAUUCAUUAUAUAUGUCGCGUGGUAGAGCUAUGCAGGGGGUUCAAGGGGCUCUUGUUGGAAUUGUCGCCGUAUUCUAUCUCACGAUGGGGGCGCUCUUUGUGCAGCGGACGCCAGAGGGAGGGGUUGGAUUUGGAUACGUGAGCCAGGGCUUUCGGACUGCAGGAGACAUUGAGAAAUUUGUCACUUUGGCAGCUAACAGCAUCGGCAAGCUCUCUGAUGGGGAGAUCUUGCAGAAGGUCAUUGAUUUGAAUGAGGAUGCACCGGUUGUGCGCCGCAAAGAAGCUAAUCCGCCACUCUACUCGCCUACGGGAGGUAUCCAUCGCAACGGAUUGUUUUACUACUGCGUUGGAGGCUCGAGUCAUCAAGUUGUCGGGCCAAGGGGCACAGGGGCCAGGCCGGGAAUUUAUACGUAUAAUGCGACAAGUGGGGAGUCUGAUGUGCUGCUCAACAACUAUGAUGGGUACUGGUUCAGUACUUGUUAUGAUAUUGCCAUGGAUGGGGAAGGAAAUAUUUGGUUUACUGACGAUGACUAUUCUUUCGGCAACGGCGUCUCUGCCCACCGACCGCGCUUGAAGGAGCCCAACGGCAUCGCCUUCUCUCCGGAUUUCCAGACUCUAUAUGUUGCCGACUCCGGGGCCGAGACUGUCCCCAACCACGCCCCUGCUGUGGGACAGGUGAUCUAUAACCCAUACAACGUCACGGACCCACAUGGUGUAUGGGCCUUUGAUGUAAUUCGGGAUGGGACGGCGUUGGGCAAUGCGAGACUGUUUCACUUGACGCAAAAGUGGCUUCCUGACGGCCUCCGCGUCACAGAUAACGGCUACGUCCUCGUCGGCGUCGGCGAUGGUAUCGAUAUCCUCGAUCCCAAUGGCGAACUCCUAGUCAAGAUCCAGACUACUUUCACUGCAGUCGGAAACACGUGGGCUGGACCUGAGGCGAAGGACAUCUGGAUCACUGGUGUCGGAGGCGUGCAGAAGGUCACGAUGAUUUUGCCCGGGGGGAAGGUGAAUGGGUGGCCGAAAGCUUUGCUCGAAAGGAUGGAAUUGUAG